AAAAGCAAAGAGGGGAAACAACCGGAAAAAAAAAAGGAAAAAAAACCAAGAAAAAAAAGCGAGCGAUGAUGGCGGCGGCGGCGCCGAAGAAGAGGGGCCGGCCGCGGAAGAAGCAGGAGGGCGGCCGUCUCCUCCAGUCUCCUCCUUCGUCUCCGCGGCUGGCCUCGGCUCCCCGCAGGACUCUUCGUCAGCGGCGGCGCCGCCCCCUCCUCGACGGCUUCGCCGACUUCGACGACUACCUGGAUGAAGACGAGGAGGAGGAGGUGGAGGAACAGGAGGGAAGGGGCAAGAGGAGGAAGCUAAAGGUCAUCCUCAGGUUGCCUCCUCCUGGCCCAAUCGCUGCCAUAGGGGAGGAGGAGGAGGAGGAGAAGCCCCGGAGGCCUGCGCCGGUGGGUCGCGCGUCGUCCUCUUCUUCGUCGGCUUCGUCCUCUUCAUAUGUGGACGACGAUGAUGACGACGCCGAAGGGGAUGAGAAGGUGGAGGAGGAACCAAUCAAGCCGCUGAAGAAGCGGCGCUUCGAGGGAUGCGACGAUGGCUUUCGUUCUGGUGGAUCUGGUCAUCGAGAGACGGAGAAGAAAAAUCAUUUUCAGAGAUUGAAGGGAUCUGUUUCAGGUGUCUCAGCUGGUUCACAUGCUGUGGAAACGCCUCUGCCUGAGAAGAAACUACUGGAGGCCGUUCUUCAUAAGAUUCAGAAGAAGGACAUCUACGGAGUGUUUGCGGAGCCGGUGGAUCCUGAAGAGCUUCCUGAUUACUAUGAUGUAAUUGAGCAUCCAAUGGAUUUUGGGACUGUUAAGACGAAGCUGGCAACCAAUGCCUAUCGUUCUUUUGAACAAUUAGAGGAUGACGUCUUCUUGAUUUGCACUAAUGCCAUGCAGUACAAUGCACCAGACACAAUUUACUUCAGACAGGCACGGACCAUGCAAGAUAUUGGAAGAAAAGAAUUUCAAAAGCUAAGAACUGAGGGAAAAUGCAUUGAGACUGUUUCUAAAUGUGAAGAGAAGAUCAGACCUGAUUCCACUGAGAAAAAACCUCUUCAAAAGUGCCUGCCAAAAGUUGUUCAAGAAUCAUUCGUAUCGGAUAUCUCUUCUGCUACCACUCAUCCUUCUGGAGGGGAUCCCUGUACCGGUUUGAGCACAGCAGAAGCUAGUGGCGCGGAGCCUGCUAGUGCUUCCAAUGGUCUUGCUGAUGGCAGUUGUUCUCUAGGUGAGAGUAAAUCAGAGAAGGUGGAUGACCUUAGAGUAAAAGGGUCUCCAUCUAAGCUUGGGAUGAAGUCGCUUGAUGUGGAUGAAAAUCGGCGUGCCACUUAUAAUGUCUGUGACCAACAGCCUGCAACAGAAUCUGGCACUGUUUAUGAUGUUCUUGAGGGCAAGCAAAGGCAGCUGGUUCCGGUUGGACUUGAUGCAGAAUACUCAUAUGCAAGGAGCCUGGCUCGUUUUGCUGGUGAUCUUGGGCCCAUUGCCUGGAGAAUUGCUUCACAGAGAAUUGAAAGUGCUUUGCCUUCUGGUGUGAAGUUUGGCUCUGGAUGGGUUGGGGAAUAUGAACCACUUCCCACUACUAUUCUUUUUCUUGAAAAAGAUAACCAGCUAGAACAGUGCCAGCUGGAUACCAAUACAUCCUUGCAAACCAACAUGCCAUCGAGGGACAAAGGGACUGCAGCGGGGAGAAAUGCCAGCGAUAAUGAUCAUUCAAAGGAAGUAAAUUUUGGAAUCCAGAGUCAGGUAGGCACUAGAAGUUACAGUAGUAGAAGUUCUGAUCCUAUGAAGGAGGGAAAUAAUCUCUGUGGCAUUACACAAGUGAAGCAACAGUCGUCUAGUGUUACGUCUGAAACCCAGCAAAGGGGAAAUGCUGUUAUGUUACGGCAGCAGAAGGAACAAGGUGUUGCCAGUUUUAAAUAUUGCUCAAAUAGCAGAUUGGUAAGUCAAGCUUUACAAAGGCCUGAAAUUAAUACAGGUGUUGCCAGUUUUAAAUCUCCUGGGAACAUUUCAUUAGGCAGAAAACCUAUGCAGCACGAACCUUUAAAACAAACAGAGGCAAUGGUGCCAUGCAGUACAACUGAUGGAAGAGUUAAUGUUGAUCAAUUUAGUCAUGGGAAAGUCCUGGAGAAUUAUAGCACUAAUAGUCUUAAUAAUACUAUGGGAUUUGUCUCCAAGUCUCAAAAAGGAAUUGUAGGUAACGACCGCCGGAUAUUUGGUAGUCAUGAGCAUGGCCUCAGUGAUCCUUCAAGAUUAAUGGGUUUGCCAAUCAAGAUGUUUAACCAGUCAAACAUCACGAACAGUUCUGUUGAUUCUUCUAAACUUUUGCCAUCAACUGUUCCACCAACCAGUACAGAAAGUUCAAUUACUGCAGAUGCGGCUACAGCUCGAUCAUGGAUGUCUGUCGGGAAUUCCUUGCAAUCUAAAUUAUCAGUUGAGCCUGUGAAUGUUUGUGACAAUCCAAAUGGAUCCGCUUCUACUUAUUUUAUUGGUUCUUCCUGGAUGACACCAACCUUAUCCCCCGGGAAUUCUGAUAAUUCCAGGACAACCUCCAUGCCUCAAGCUCUUAGGCAACCUAUUCAGGUGGUUGGUUUAGAACCACAGGUUCAUAACAGAGGACUGGUUAUCUUCCCACAACUAAUCGCAACCGAUAUGCCCAGAUUUCAAGGCCAGGCUCCACGUCAAGGUCUGAUUCCACAAACAGAAAACAAGCAUUCCAGGAAUGCUUGCCCUCCAGACUUGAACAUUAGUUUCCAGCCCCCUGGAUCUCCUGUCCGGCACACUUCAGGGAUUCUUAAGGACUCUCAGCAGCCAGACUUAGCUUUGCAGCUCUGACAUUUCAUGUUUGUUCCUGUAAAAUUCUGUGCAGGAAGUUUUUUGAUGUCAUGCAACCAACCCUUGUGAAUUGACAUGUUCAAAAAGAUGUUUAUAUUAUGGAUGUGGUGUUUCUCUAACUGAAUGAAGUUCGUGAAAGGAAGUUUAGUAGAUUCCCCAAGAGAAAUGCAGAUCCCAAGGGAAACCGCUAAAUGCAACUGAUCGUUUGCUUGAAUCAAUGAUAUAGAGGCAUGUCAGCAGAAAGUGAGAUAAUUCUCAAGGCCAGACUGGCAGAUGACAUUUUACCACCGAGGAUGUCUGAUGUGGUUGAAGGAACUAGGAAUCUUCACGGCCGCUCUUUUGGCUGAUGGCUCCUGGUUGGUGAUACUGUCGUCAGCUUUAGCUUUCAAGAUGGUACUAUCACUCAAGAUAUCUUCUUGGAGUGAGUUGGAACUGAACUGCGCAAUUUCACACCUCGAUCUGGCUUUUCUUCCAGCAGUGUUUGAUAGUUGUAGCUUCUGCUGGAAUCUUUUUGUACAUUGGAAGAUGUCAAAUUAUGUUUUUUGUGCUCAAUUUUUUUCAUAACUAUAAUGGUUUUUGAAUUUUCUA